AUGAUACCCACCUUCCCCCAGGAGCUCAUCGACGCCAUCAUCAAGGAGCUCACAUCAGACACGGAAACUCUCAGUGCUUGCAAUCUGAGUUCGAAGUCUUUCCGACGCAGUGCCAGACCACAACUCUUCAGAAAGGUUUCCAUAAGCGUCAGGAACUGUCAGGCGUUAACGGUCUUCAGAAGAUGGACUGUUGAUGCUCGUGAAUGGGACUUCGACAGCAUUGUGCCAUUUAUUCGCGAGUUCACUCUCGAUUUUCAAGAAUUACACGACGACGAACACCAGAGGGGAAUAUUUAACGAGACAGCGAGGAUUGACAACCGAACUCUGAUUGAAAUUCUGUUCCAAAUGGCGAAUCCGAAAGUAUCCCGCAUGACGAGUCUCUGCGUGGCCAACCUUCACGUAUCCAGCCGCCAGUGGUCCAGUUUUGACCGUGCUUUCAUCUAUGCUUGGCAACAACUAUUAUGCCACCCACUGCUGAGGUCUCUUUGCCUCGUCAGGGUGGCUUGGCUGCCUCUGCACUUCGACCUCGACCUCGGAAUUAGCAUUCAGCACCUGGUUGUACAGGAGGACCCUAUUCUGGACUUGAGUCGACCUCCAUUGCAGAGGGUAGACGACCGCAGGAAACCUUCUACAGUGGCGGGGCGACAAAGAGGUUAUAAUCUGGAGAGCCUCUCAAUUGAUUCAUUAUCCCAACUUCUCGGCUUACAAAAACUAGAAUCAGCCGAAAGUCGACAAGCGUGGAGAUACAAGGAACUUCGUGUUCGAGUCAAGUUCCUAGAACUGUUUUCCUUGUUUGACGAGAACACCUGGAACUCGUCCCCGAACGCUCUGGCGGAUAUUAUAAGCCUCCGUCUUGACAUGUGGGAUUUCUCUAAGGCCGCAAGAGUGGACGUCGACAUUGAUACCCUCGUCGGCUUUCAUAAUCUCCAGGCGCUUGAAAUCGUAACAAGCAACAAGGCCGAUAGAAACCUGGACAUUUUGAAGCCAUUUUGCACGUAUAUUCUCGGCCGUACAGUUCAGUUUGGAUGCCUUCGAGAAUUCAAGACUCGUGUAUAA